AUGCUGUACGGUGGUUCUGGGAGCUACGGACUAGGUCCUUGGCCUGCAAAUCCUCCAAAAGGCACUGUCACGAGUACAGUGACCCCUGCAUCGAGGACAAGAGAUAGUGUUCAUGUAACCAAAACCUGCGACGGUCAACGCUAUCCACAGGCCUGUGCAAAUAUUCGAUCGGCAGCAACUUGGUACGGGUUGCGAACCCUUGCAUGUCCCGAUCAGGUCGUUCCGUACAACCGAGAUCGAGAGGGACCGGAAGAAUGGUCUAGCUCGCACCAUAAGGAGUGGAAAUCAUGGAUUACCUCAAGUGUCUGGGCUCCCUAUGCUGGAAUGAUGAAGGAUAGCAGAUGUCAGGCAGAUGAGUGGCCACCCUUCAACAUUUGGGGAUCGCGAAACAAGGGCAAUGCUGGUAUCAUAAUUCGAUACCUCCCGGGAGGAGAGAACGGAGGUCUGAACAUACCACAGCCCUCACUUGACGAUUAUUCCAAAAGCUGCGCUAAUCAACCACUAGGUGUUGCAAACGAUCCCGGAUCGAAGAUUAGAGUCGAGCUAGAUUGUGGGGCAAUCCCGCCUCCUGUAACAACUAGCACAUCCACCAUUAGAACAUACGUCGGACUAUUCACAGAUACUGUUUGGGUCCAAGAGCAUCUCACCUCUACUGUCACGUCAAUUGUCAUGGAUUGGAAGAGCAUACCCGUCGUUGCAGGCGAUCCUGAUCUUCUGACAGCCAACGAUUGCUGGCCUCGAACACUGUAUCCGGACGCCGAGCCUGGGUUUGCUCUGCUGGCAGACGACGGCUAUUAUUUUCGGGAAGGCAUACCCUUUUUUGCAUAUCGCUACACAACGGCUCCUGCGGCUUCUGUAACGGGUAUGGUAGCUCUCCAUCCUUGA